AUGCUCUGCAGCCUACAAGCACGAGCUCCGGAUCACUUCCGGCCUCUUUUCGAUUCCCCUACCUGUUCCCGCUGGGUCACUGCAGCUUUGUCUCCGCCUUGGCCACGCGAUGAUCAAUCUGUCAGAACAGACCAGAUCACAAAGCCUGCACUCGAGGCUAUGGGCAAGAACAAGGGCUCCAAACAGAAGAAAGACAAGGUGCCGAGAUGUGCCGAGUGCAGGGCCAAUGCAACCUGGGGACAAUCCUCCAUCAAGCAGGAGCGUCCCAAGAUCUGCAAAUAUGCCAUUGGGCCACCGAUCACAACGUUGCACAACAGUGAGAAGUUCGCCCUUGACGCGGAGAUUGCCGGGCAGGUCAAAGAAGUGGAAGAGCGGCUGCAGGCGCUCACCGUCGAGAUGAAGCAAAUAGAGGGAAAGAUCAAGCAUUGCCUUCUGGAGGGCAAAAGAGCUGAGUUGACUGAGAAGGAGCUGCAGCCUAUGCCGGAAGAAAUGAAAGUCUACAGACAGGUGGGCAAAAUGUUCAUUCUGCAGCCCAAGUCCGAUCUAGCCAGGUCCCUCAAAGCUCAGGUGGCGCUCAAGACUGUGGAAAGCCAGACUUUGAAGCAGGCCCUCAAUAAGAUUCAGGACAAGGUCAAGAGCGAAGCCAAUGGGCUGAAGGAGCUCAUAGGCCCAGAAAGGAUGAAGCAGCUCUUCCAGUCUGGAGGCUCUGCCGGUGCUGCUGCCGAAGGCAGCGUACUAGCCGGCACUGUUGUGAAUCGCGAUGGCAACUCCACAGCUCACAUUACGAUCCGGACGACAAGAGUUCUUUGCGCCUUCUCUCCAUCGGAGGAUGCGAUGAUGCCUCUCUUUGGAAAGCAAACAGAGUCCGAGAAGAAGCCGCUGCCCCCGCUGCAAACCGACUCCAAGGCCGAAAAUUCAGACAAGACCAAGAACGGGACAGGAGCAGACAACAAAGCGAGCGAGACAGAGAAGGCUCCUGCAACGGUGGAGGUGUGA